AAAAUGAGGAACAGUAUUGUGACCCUGAGUCUGCUGAUCAGUGUAUAUCUGACAAUGCAUGUCGGCAUUUAUGCAUGCCCUGAAGAAAAUAUGCCAGAAAAUUUCAGCUGCUUUAUUAACUUUGUUGGUUAUGCCAGUUGCACUUGGCACAGCGAUUCACACCCUGGCGAUGGACCUUUCUUAGUAAUUUUAGGUAACUAUCAAUGCACCCUAAUUAAAAUGGCACAUGAUGAAAAUAAAUUCAGUUGUAAUAUAACAGAUGAUGAUCUGGUGGGUGACCCCUCUGAUGAUCCUUUUAAGGUUGUAGUUAAAGAUGAUACCACUACAGACAUCCUGGCCGAAAUUCCGGAAUUUAAACCGACUUGCCACAUCAAGUUGGAUCCACCUGUCAAUCUUUCAUACACGAUCAAUGGAACUACGUACAAGUUAAUGUGGAAUGGUUAUGAACAGUAUUUUGGAGGUGAAAAUUUACAAUAUCAAUUACAGCUGAAGAGGCAUACAUCAACCUGGAAGGAAGCAAAGCAGAAGACAUUGAAUGACAAAGAUAGCAAAGAGCAGUCUGAGGAGUUGCUGGCAUCAGAGUUUGAAACGGGCUUAGAUUAUGAUCUGCGCCUUCGCUGUAAAAUAUUGGAGACAGAGGAUUAUCACAGCCAAUGGAGCGAGUGGAGUUCAGAGCUCAGGAUACCUGCUCUAGGAGCUAAAGAUGAAGGGAAAGUCAACAUCAUUAAAAUAAUAAUGGUAGUAUGCCCACUGGCAACGACAUGUAUCUUACUGUACUUGGUUUUCUGUUCCAGCUUAGGCAGAAGGUUAAAGAUUCCAUUUUUAAAGGAGGUCCCUACAGCAGCCCACUUCUUUAGGCCUCUGUACAUUGUGCACAAUGGUAACUUUCAGGACUGGACUAAGUAUCCAAAUAAAUGCGGUCAAAAGAAGCAAGAGGGAAGGUACUGUAGAUCUGUGGACGUGGUCCUUCAUGUUUCCACCAUCCUGUGCUUUCCAAAGGAGACCAUUUCUCCUAUUAAAGUUGAAGCCCCAACUCCAGCAAAUGAAGUUCCUAUGAUAGAUGAGGAUUGUGAUGUCACCUCUUGGUCUGGUCUACUCCAAAACAAAAACAUAUCUCUAAGUGAGCUUUAUCCAUCUGUCGAUCCAGAUAUUUCUCAGUUUAAAGAGGAGGAAGAGCAAAAUCUAUCUAAGGUGGAAUGCCCCACUGUCUAUUUUACAUACAAUGGCACUUACAUUGUUAAUUCAGUAGAGGCAGGGGAUUAGUUUAACAUGGAACAGGUUGCUUUGAGACACUUAAUUUGUGAAGGCAAGAUGGUGGUAGUCAUAGUGUAUUUCAUUCAGAAAUGGUCAUCAGAUCUGCCCGAGUAGCCUUUCAAAAACUGAUAGAAACUAAUAAACCAUGGAAAUGGAUGUUGCUGAAUAACACCAAACUUCAGACGAAACAAGAGAUUGCAUAAUACAGUUCAGUAAAACCUUGGUUUGAGAGUAACUUGGUUUAAGAGUGUUUUGCAAGACAAUCAAAAAUGUUUAAU